CGGAAGGCCCCGCUCCGCACGCACGUCCGCCGGUGGCCGGGCCGGGGCCUCGGGGCGGCUGCGCGGGCGGCGGGCGGCCGGAGGGAGGGAGGGGCCGAGACUUCGCCGCCGCCGCCACCGCCGCUCCGCCUGCAGACCUCCAGAUCCCACACCGGAUGGACCCACAGGCUGGUUUUUCCAGUUUGCUCCCCAGGGCAAUUUGCAUAUUUCUCAAGAAGCUGAACGGCCUGUUUUCAGACUUAGAGAGAGGGCAGGCCCACAGCUGUUUCUUGAAAUCUGGGGCUGGACAUGGCCUCAUGGGGCAGAUCGCGCUGCAGGCUGCCUCAGGGGGCCGAGCCAGCUGUGGAGGGGGAGCCACAUCUGCCCACGGGCCGGGACCUGACCGAGGCCAACCGCUUCGCCUAUGCCGCCCUGGGCGGCGUCUCUCUGUCCCAGCUGUUUCCAGAACCUGAGCAAAGCUCCUUCUGCACAGAGUUUGUGGCGGGCCUGGUGAAGUGGCUGGAGUUGUCUGAAGCCGUCUUGCCAACCAUGACAGCUUUUGCCAGCGGCCUGGGAGGCGAAGGAGCAGACAUGUUUGCUCAGAUUUUAUUGAAGGACCCCAUCUUGAAGGACAACCCGUUGGUGAUCAUUCAGGACCUUCUGAGCUUCUCACUCAAGGAUGGGCACUAUGACGCGCGGGCCCGAGUCCUCAUUUGCCACAUGACCUCUCUCCUCCGAGUGCCCUUGGCAGAGCUGGAUCUCCUUGAAGAGACGUUCCUUGAGAGCCUGAAGGAAAUCAAAGAGGAGGAAUCUGAAACGGCCGAGGCAUCCCGGAAGAAGAGAGAAAACCGGAGGAAGUGGAAGCGCUAUCUCCUGAUAGGCCUGGCGACCGUCGGAGGCGGAACGGUGAUCGGCGUGACCGGGGGUCUCGCUGCCCCUCUUGUUGCUGCCGGAGCCGCAACAAUCAUUGGCAGCGCCGGAGCAGCGGCUCUGGGCUCCGUGGCCGGCAUAGCCGUCAUGACCUCGCUGUUUGGGGCAGCUGGAGCUGGCCUGACAGGAUACAAGAUGAAGAAGCGUGUUGGGGCCAUUGAAGAGUUCACAUUUCUGCCUCUGACAGAGGGCAGGCAGCUACACAUCACCAUCACCAUCACGGGAUGGCUGGCAUCCGGCAAAUACCUUCACCCCAGGUCAAAGGGCAAGAUCGUUUUGCGGGGAGGAAGUUGUCAUCAGGGUUCUCCCCCAGCAGCCGAGUACGGUGCGCUCCCCGGGCAGAGGUGGUUCGAGGAAGGAUACCCAGGCCAGAGUACCUUCAGCGCUCCGUGGGCCGCCCUGGCCCACAGCCAUGAGCAGUACUGCCUGGCCUGGGAGGCCAAGUACCUGAUGGAGCUCGGCAACGCCCUGGAGACCAUCCUCAGUGGUCUUGCCAACAUGGUGGCCCAAGAAGCCCUGAAGUAUACAGUGUUGUCUGGCAUUGUGGCUGCCCUGACCUUACCAGCCUCACUCCUCAGUGUCGCCAACGUCAUCGACAACCCCUGGGGGGUGUGUCUCCAUCGAUCAGCAGAGGUUGGCAAGCACCUGGCCCACAUCCUGCUCUCCCGACAGCAGGGCCGGCGACCUGUCACCCUGAUUGGCUUCAGUCUGGGAGCCAGAGUCAUCUACUUCUGUCUGCAGGAAAUGGCUCAGGAGAAAGCUGCUGUUACUGAGCUGUGAAUUUAGCUGUUAGCUUCCUAGCAAUCAAAGCAAAAACGGAAAGUGUUGACCUCCUGUUUCUCAUAUCCGUGAGGGGAUGUGGAGAUGCCUUCUCUGCAGGUAACAAGAUCUCCCAUUUCAAGCAGACUCGCUCUGUCUGUGAGUUGCACCCUCUCCUUCAGGAGCUGAGCAUGCGCUUAAUUAACCCGCAGGGCCUCGGGCCACCCCUGCCUUUGGUAGCUGGAAAGGUCGGGCUGGAGGUCACAAACCUGGAGCCCUGAGGAGAAGGCCCUGGUCGCGAAUAAUCUUUCCAGGGUGCUGGUAAUUGUCAGGCAGGCUGUCGCUGGGGCUUCCUGGGAACUGAGAUUAGAGUUAAUGACCCUUAGGCUUUGGCGAGCACCUGGGCACUUGGAAGACGGUUAAUUAGGCGGCAAGUCCCAAGUCGAUUUUUAUUUGGGUGAUUUUACAUUUUGUACUUUAGCAGCUGCUAGAGAUUGAGGCUUCACGAGACUGUGUGGCCUGCGUCGCAGGCUCAGAGAACAGUGGAAAGCAUGACUUUUAGUUCCUGCCACAUUCCUCUGCAGAAGUUUGAUGGAGAACAGCUGCUCGUCUCCAAAAUAAGAAACCAUCGUUCAGAGGGGGGGAAAGAGGAAGGGAGCUGAUGUUUACUGAGAACCUACUAUGUGCCAGGUAGGAGCGGAAUCCAUCCUGAGCUGCUUCCCAGUCACCUUGGAAGGUGUGGGUGUUACUACACCUGGAAGCAGGUGUUGUAUUUUCCAUUUUUACAGUUGGGGAACCAGAAGCCCAGGGAGGUUAGGUGACUUGGCCAAGGGCUCACAGCCAGUAAUUAGCAAGUCUUGGAUUCUAACCCAGAUACGUCUGACUUUAUACCAUUUUCUACUAACCUUUCUUUUAUGCUGCCUCUUACGAUAAGCUUGCUGACCUCAAAUUGCCGAUAAAGUUAAUAGAUACCAGCUUUAAAACGGGUAAAUAACAGUACCAAACACUGCAUCACAAGGUCCUAGACAUUACGAAGCUCAGAGGAGAGAGACUUUCCUUCCAGAUGGCAGGGCAGACUUCAGGGAGGGGGUGUGGGCCUUGAAGAACUGGUGAGCUUUGAGAGGCCGUGAGGAAAGCAGGAGGCCUUCGAGCCCAGGACUGGCGAUGGCAAAGAGGCAGAGGCAGGAAGGUGAGUGGGGAGGGCAGGCGGCCUGAACCAAGGUUUCUGCUAGGAAGUCAGGAGAAGCAAGGUCAGAGAGAUGAACAGGGUCCAGAAUGCAGGGCCUUGACCCAUCAGACGGAAAGGAGAGACCCGGACGCGGAAUCUGACCUGAGUCUUGAGUAUUAGUGCUUUCAGUCGGUGUGUUUGUUUAUCCAUUAGUCAGCAGACUUCUGCGGAGGACGUGCCAGGUGUCAGGACCUGUGCAGGGAACAGAGGUCAGCCAGACUCCAUCCCCACCUGGGAUCUCGGAUGGGAGGGGACCUCCCUUCUGAACACUGCCUACCCCUCCCACAGCCAUACCUGCCUGCAGCAGCGCAGACCUGCCCACCUGCUUGUCCUGGAGUCCUCUCUUCUCUUCACACUCGCUUCCCCAAGGCUGGGGUCUCCAGCCCCUCAUUUGGCCGCCUUGGAUACCCAAUAACAGGCCUUGCUGAAGGGCACCAAACGAAGGCCGUUGGUUGAGUGCCCUUUGUGUGUACUGUCUCAUGGAUCGUCACAGCCAGCCUGGGAGAGAGGGACACUUAUCUCUGGUUCUCAAGAGAACAGGCUCAGAGAGCUGAGAAGAUUUGAUCACGGUCACACAGAUGUCAGCCAAGGAGCCAAGGGUGGCCCCAGGCCUGCUAACUCCACCCCAGGGCUCUCUCCACUGCCCCGUUGGGACCCUCCACCUGCUCCUUUAAUUGCAUAGCUGAGUGUUGACCCGACUUGCCCAGCCUGCACAGCUAGUUUAAGGCAGGGCCGGGUCUGGAGUCUCGGUCUCGUGGCUCAUCUCAGGGACCCCAGGGAGGGGCGGGCGCUCUGGGAUGUGGUCAGCCCACCUCUUGGCAGGGUGCUCCCACCCGCUCUAGCCAGAUGCGAUUCCGGGAAGCUCCUGGAGUAGGACCUGGCCCUGGAGACACCUGGAGCGUUUGUGGUGGCCACAGCACCACCUUGUGGUGACUUUCAGGGGCACACGCGUCACCAGGGAAGGGGCUCCUCCAAGCCCAGCACAGGGUGGGUUUCCAACAAGCACCGGCUGGGGAGGGUCUCCUGACUGCCUUCCAUUGAAGGCUCGUGCAAAACUGAGCAGCUGCUCCCGCUUCCUGAGAAAUUUCCGUGCCACCCACUUGUAUCCUUCUGAUUUGCACUUAUCAGGCACCAAAGAUACAAAGAGCCAGCCCUGGGUGGUCUAGUCGUUAAGGUUCGGCAGCCCAGGUUCAUUUCCUGGUCAGGGAACCCCACCACCUGUAUGUCCCUUGUCACACUGUGGUG